AUGCUUGAUUGCAAAUUCUCCGCCAGCAAGAGCGGUGAGAAGAUCGAUCUUGGCGUCAUAGAACAGGUCUUGGCCUUGUCUUCUGAACAAUGGAUGUUUCUUCUCGUCAAUCACGAAAAUAACGUCACCAGGAAUGAUGUCUGGCUGUUGGUCACCUUCUCCAGAGAAAACGACUCUUUGACCAGCCUGCAUUCCUGGAUCGAUGUGAACCUCCAGGAUCUUUCUCUCGUUAACGACCUUCUUACCCUUACAGGUCUGACAUCUGUCCUUUGGAGAGAUGAUGUCUCCUUCUCCGUUACAAACCUCACAAGUGGUUUGGAAUCUCUGGAUCAUAGGACCCAUUUGUCUGGUGACGAACUUCAUUCCCAUACCGUCACAGGAAGAACACUUCUUCACGUCCUUUCCACCUUUACCUUUACAGGUAGCACAAAGCACGGUCUUGUUCAAAGCCAACUUUGUGGUCUUUCCUUUGUACAACUCCUCCAAAGUGCAGGAGAUGGUGUGCUUGAUAUCUUUGCCCCUUUGUGGUCCCGAAGGGCCUCUCUGGCCGCCAAAGCCACCAAAUCCACCAAAGAACUGACUGAAAAUGUCUGCUCCGUUCAUGCCUCCCAUUCCUCCAGGUCCUCCUCCGGUGAGGCCCUCCUCACCAAACUGGUCGUAAGUGUCUCUCUUAUCUGGAUCGCUCAAGAUCUCGUAUGCCGCAGACAUUUCCUUGAACGUCUCGGCAGCCUCUGGAGACGGGUUUUUAUCUGGGUGGUAUUUCAAGGCUCCUAA